CUCCUGGACAGGAUUGCUCAGAGCCGGACUGUGUGCGCAUCCUCCCUAUCCCAAUCGAGUCCAGCCCGGGUCGUGCUACUGUUGGUUACCUACGGUAGUGUGUAUUACGUCGUGGGCUCUUGCGUGCGAAACACCUGCUUUUACCCUACUACCUUCCUUUACUUCCUUCCUUCCUUCCGUCCUUCCGUUCGAACACUUCCAGGAACCUUGACCUUGCCUUACCUACCUUUUACCCUACAACCCGGCGCCUUUUUCUAAUAUUGCCCCGCGCGCAACACUCCUUCGACACGUUUCUCUCCUCGCCUUUCAUAAAUUCUCUUUUCCGAUCUAUCUGCUUAGGCUAAGGCCUGCGUUGAAUGCGCCGAGACCUGCCAUACUCCUCACCCGUAUCCUAAGCGUUUGCAUCUCCCUCCCGAGCUUCCGCCAUGUCCGUCGACAUCGAGCCCUCCGAGCUGAGCUUCCGACGGCCUUUCACCGUCGAAGUCUCUCAGAUUCUCCGGAUCAAGAACCCGAACCAGACCCCCAUCGCCUUCAAGGUCAAAACCACCGCCCCGAAGCAGUACUGCGUUCGCCCCAACUCGGGUCGUGUCGAGCCUGGACAGGAUGUGGAGGUUACCGUCCUUCUCCAGGCCAUGAAGCAGGAGCCACCUCUCGACACUAAAUGCCGCGAUAAAUUCCUCGUCCAGUCCGUUCCCAUCACUGCCGAUAAGGAGUUCGCGAGUAUUGCCAACAUUCUCGAUCAGACCGACAAGUCUUCUGUCAUUGAGAGGAAGAUUCGUGUCAACUGGCUUACCGCCGAUGACCAGUCGCCCAACCCGCCCAGUGCCUCUGCUGUUACCUCUACCCCGAACCGCCACUCUGUCGUUAAUGGCGACAACACUCCCGAUGUUUCGAACGUCUACUCUUCCCCUGGCCAAGAAGCUGAUCGCUCUGGUAGCCCCAGUGCUUCAGCUGUCCGUCCCUCGACUUCCGACACGAAGGACGACACGGUCUCCGAGAAGGCCCAAUCAACAGUCAGCGCCGCGAGCCACGUUGUCGCCAACACCGCCCAGGUCACCUACGAAGAGCUGAAACAGAAGCUUUUCCAGGCUGAAGCCAAGAUUGCCAACCUGCAGGAUAGCAGUGGUCUACGCCAACGUAUCAAGACGGAGAGCGAGAAGCUCCCCAGCACCCAAGAGGCUGCUGCGGCGGUAAGACAGGGAGUUGAGGGUGUAUCGGUGCAGAUGGUUGCCAUCCUGUGUCUCCUCAGCUUCCUGCUUGCCUACUUCUUCUUUUAAACUUGGUAACCCCGACAAAUAACCCUUUCUACGAACUUUCUAUUGGAGGAUUUACGAAGAAGUGCUGUGGGGUAUUGGAGUGCCUUGGUGUUAUUGCCAUCACUCUUGUAGGCCCAAGGAAGGCAGCAUGGCGAGAGGAGGUUUUGACGACGGGGUUUGGCGGAUGGAGACCAUUCAUCCACAACAACCCCGAUCUGACAUGGAAUGGAGUCAC